AUGGCUCCAGGUCACCACGACCAGCCGCUCUCGCUGCGGCCGAACCCCGUCGCCGACCGCAGACCCAAGAACAUCGCCGACUUCAUCGCCCGCGUCAAUGCUCAGCCCGGCGGCUUCAGAGCUCUGUCCGAGGACAAGCUGCGCGAGGAGAUUGCCGCACGCGACGCCGCCAAUGGGGAUGCUGCCGAGGACAAGGACGUGGACAUGGCCGAGACCGGUCAGGAUGAGGACGACGAGGACGAGGAUCAAGAGGUAGAGAGGGAUCCUCAGGAGGUGCGCAUGGAGGUGUUGAGGAACAUUGACAUCGCCGGAAACACAGCCUUCCUCACCCUCGACUUCCUCUCCCUCCUCCUCUCCAAGCAGAACCCCACGCAGGCCGGAGUCACGCUGUCGCAGGGCCUGCGAGACAUCGUGGGAAUCGGCACCAUGGGCUUCGACAAGCUCGACGACCCGACCGUGUCGCCGGCAAAGGCCAAGGAUCACGAGGACGUGGCCGUGGGCUGGACCAUCAUGAAGGUCAACAAGACGCGCGACGCCGCCGAGGAGGCCUGCAAGUUCCUGCAGAAGGAGAUUGCGGCAGAGGGGAGGUACUGGGAUGAGAUUGUGGCGGUUCAGAAGAAUGGGUGGUCUAUAUCAAGGGUCCCCAAGGAGAGGCACACGCUUGGUGUUCGAUUUGGCUUUUCAGAAGCUGCAUCCGAUUUCAGAAACAACGGUCUAGCUCCCAUGCGGAGAGGAGAUGACGGCGCAGUCCAGCUCGACUGUGGCCGACUGGGCGGCGUGUCAGAACGACUCGUUGUGACCCUCGAGAAGGACGGCAAGGUCACAGGCCGCUCUGCCCUCCCAGCGCAGACGACGGACGACGCCCCCCUGGAGGCGCGAGUCCUCGAGGCCCGCAACACCAUCUUCUCGCAGGAGCUCUGGUACGAGAUCAGGCGCGAGGCCCGCAAUCUGGCCGCAUACGAUGUCAAGCCCGACGGCUCCCGCCUGACGUGCGACUUGGAUCCCGCGUCCAAGUCCAAACUGACCAUCGAGCUUGUGCCUCUGGGCUCACAGCCGCUGUUGGAUGAGUCUCUACCUGACAACCACCUCGCCGAGAUGGCGGCCAUCUCACUUCACAUCCUCCUCACCUCAGCUCAUCGGCAUGCCGAGCUCAUCAGGACACGCCCUAUACCGCCUCAUGUCACCCGCACGCGAGGCCAGAAUAUACACACCCUCGUCCGGCCCGUCAUCGCCUACUUCAUGCACUACCGCCACCUUAUCAAUGCCACCACCUACGUCGGCCGCAUCGUUCAGUCUCUCCGGCACGCCGGCCUCCCCGCCAACUUUAUCCUGCUGACGCCCCGGGUCUCGGACCCAGACCCGGCCGACUUGAGGGCGCCCCCGAGUUCGGUUCCGGGGGCCAUGGUCCGCAAUAUCAUCCCUCCCAUCGACUUCAACCUCCGGCUCACCCUCGUCCCCGGUGCCGUCAUGGACGUCCGCGGCCGCACCUUUCUCUUCCCCGUCACCGCCACCUACUACCAAGUCACCACCCCUCCAACCUCGCUCAUCGCCCGCAUCUGCGCCCCCUUCCGAGAGGGAUACCCGACCCCGGACGCCCUACACGACUACCUCAGCACCGCCACCGCCCGCGUCCUGGCCGAGCACUUCCGCUCCCUGCUCGCCUCGCCUCCCUCGAGCACCCGGUGGGUCAAGAGCAUCAAGGGCGACUCCAUCCGCGACCCCGAUAAGGAGGAGUUCGAGAUGCGCUUCGCCCUCACCCGCGAACCCAAGCUGCUCGUCACGGGCACCUCCCAGGUCGAGGGUAAGACUUUACGACAGGAGUGGGAGUGGAAUCCUGACACCACCUCCGAGCCAGCGAGUUUGCAGGACAUUGUCCAGCGCGAGGCCAAGAGGGCGUUUCCCGAGUGA